AUGAGCCUCUUGCGACUGAGUGGCCAUUUCCUAGUUUAUACAGGAACAUUCGAAAAGUAUGGUAUUUACGCCAUUGCCGACCCAUAUCUCAAGGAUAGACCAGAGACUGUAAGAGCCAUCUUAUCUGGUUAUAGUCGUAUCCCGAAGAAAGACGUUGAGCACGUCUCAUACGUUAUGAUAUUUUGUAUCGAAGAACCAUUAGUAUGGGAGGGUGAGAUUGUCAAUUUGGAUAUGCCUUAUUUUGAUAUCGAUAUGAAACCUGGUCGCAUGAGACUCAUCACUGAAGGCGGCUCUCAAGAACUGAAGAGAACUCGUAAGGAAGUAUCUGCAUUGACUGGAGGAGGUGAUGUUUUUGAUAUAGCUGUGGACACCAAAUCACAUAUUACAAGAGUGGACCAUGAGAUGGCGCGAGUUCGAAAGCUGUUCUUCAAGCUUUCGACCUCUGUGAUCACAAGCUGUAUAUUAUUUAGAAGAAGAUGCAAGCCAUAUGGAUGUCAGGAAACAGUUCAUAAUAUGUUUGUAUUCGCUAGAGAGUUUGGUCAAAGGGGAAUUUCUGUCAUGGAUGCCAACCGUCGUGGCACAGUGGCUAUAAAACUGAUCAAUCUGUGCAUUGAGUGGGUAACUUUUAUAUGCGAUGAUUGUGUUCCGACUGAGAACAAGACAUUCAGAUGGACGGUGGUUGCCCUGGAAUUUGCUAUGGUAAUGACUCGAGGAGUCAAUAUCGUGGCUAUUUCAGGCGAUCAAUUUGCUAAACUUCGAGUCAAAGUAGCUGACUGUAUGACUCUACUGAUUUCUCAUUUUGACAUCACUGGUGCGAAAUCUAGAGCAGCUCAGCAAGGUAACAGUGAUGUGUUACGCCGAGGCAAAGCUCUCAAUAUCUCAGUUGAUGAUGACGACGAGUUGGUGGCCAUGUUGCGAGAAGAUAUGGUCAAGAAAUUGGAGCUAUUGGAACAACAAAGACAAGACACUCACUCUGUAGGUAAAGUCCUUGAUGAUAGCAGCGGUGAUACAGAGUUCUUGACAUAUCUUGCUUCAGCCUUUUCAAACCUUCAAAUCCGUUGGCAACAGGGUCGGUAUAUCGGUGGUGGUACCUUUGGAUCGGUAUACGCAGCAGUCAACCUUGACACUGGUGGUGUCAUGGCUGUCAAAGAAAUCCGGUUACAGGACACCCAGUCUAUUCGUCAUAUUUUGAAAUCAAUCAAAGAUGAAAUGACUGUGCUGGAGAUUCUAAGUCACCCCAAUGUUGUACAAUAUUACGGUGUUGAAGUACAUCGUGAUAGAGUGUUUAUUUUCAUGGAGUACUGUCAAGGAGGAUCACUAGCCGGCCUUCUAGAAUAUGGCCGUAUUGAGGAUGAGCAGGUUAUUCAGGUGUAUACUCUGCAGAUGUUGGAAGGUCUAGCGUAUCUCCACCAGUCAGGCAUUGUUCAUCGUGAUAUUAAACCAGAGAAUAUUCUAUUGGAUCAUAAUGGAGUUAUCAAGUUUGUUGAUUUUGGUGCUGCUAAAGUGAUUGCAAAGACAGGCAAAACUCGCCAGGCUAGUGCCACUAACAAAUCCAAUGCCACUACUGGUGGUAACAAGACCAAAUUGAAUAGUAUGACAGGCACACCCAUGUACAUGUCACCAGAAGUCAUCACAGGAGCAGAUUCCGGUCGUCAUGGAAGUAUUGAUAUCUGGUCUCUUGGCUGCUGUGUUUUGGAAAUGGCUACAGGCCGUAGACCAUGGGCCAAUCUCGAUAAUGAAUGGGCUAUAAUGUAUCAUAUUGCUGCGGGCCACCUGCCUCAAUUACCAUCAGCCGACCAGUUAUCUAUUGAGGGUCAACAGUUCCUUAUGAAGACUCUUGAACGAGACCCGAAAAAACGACCAUCGGCCGUGGAUCUCUUAAGUGACCCUUGGAUGGUAAGCAUCCGUAAUGUAGUGUUGGGCUAUAGUGCUGGCUCAGAUGAUAGCGCUGUAUCAUCUCCAUCUGAGGGCUGA